AUGUCAAAUAGUCUCGCUUGGUUAAAUUUCUGUAUCGUUUCAUUUUGUCUUUGUUUGCAAGCCAAUACAGAUACAAUUUUAAUCACGUUUCAAGGAGACAUAAAGAAUGGUGACUGUUAUGAAAAGUGGUAUCGAGAUGAUAUCUUCAAAUUAAUUUCAAACUGGGAAAAGGCUUUAUGCUUGAAAAUGCAAGAGCUUCUAAAACCUGCUCUGGUAGGCCGUCCUGUAUUUUCAGAUACGUGCACUACCAGCGUUUAUCCACAUACUUAUAACAUGCGUAGCGUAUCUUUUAGCACACUACUUCACAUAAAUGCUUCAAACACAAUUAAAAAUAGCACACGUAUUGCAGUUCCAAUCAAGAAAAAGCUUCAGAAAUCAAUCGAAGAUGCGGAAAGGCGAGAUAACUUAUUGAAAUCUUAUCAAAUAAAUGACGUAACUUUUGGUAAGUUUUGA